ACGACCGGCGUCGACGACGACGACAACGACGGUGGCGCGUGCCGCGAUUAAUAAACGGGCAGUGUGUGGUGCUGUGGGGGAAGGGACGAUGACGGCCGGGGGGAUAAUUUGGGUGGCGACUUGAGGAGGGCAGAAAUGUUGAAAUUCGGCAGCAAGAGCGACGUGACGGUGGUGCAUCGCGCCACUAUUCGACUGUUCGACGACAACGAAAUCAUCUACUGCGACUUUCAGCCACAAGAGAAAGGACGAUAUAUUCUCGAAUAUGUGUGCAAGCAGCUCAACAUUUUGGAGAUGGAUUACUUCGGGCUUCGCUACGUCGAUAAAGAAAGGGAAAGGCAUUGGCUGGACCUAGCGAAAACGGCGAUCAAGCAGGUGAAAGACAUGCACGAGAUUUUGCUGUGCUUUCGCGUGAAAUUCUACCCGCCCGAUCCUCUGCGGCUAAAGGAGGAGAUCACCAGGUAUCAAGUGUACCAGCAGCUCAAAAGGGACCUGCUUUACGGACGUUUGUGUUGCAGCCCCGGCGAGGCAGCGCUUCUAGUCGCUUGCAUCGUGCAAAGUGAACUGGGGGAUUACGAUCCCGAGAUCCACGAGGGAAACUAUAUCUCCGAACACAAAUUGCUGAAGACGCAGACGUCGACGAUCGAGGAGAAGGCGAUGGAGCUGCAUCAGGCUCAGUUGAAGGGAUUCACCCCGGAACAGGCGGAAAACUACUUCCUUAGGAUAGCCUCGCAAUUGGACACGUACGCGGUCGAUCCACAUCCGGUCAAGGACCCCGACAAGGGCACGCAGCUUCAUCUGGGCAUUAACCACUGCGGGAUCCUGACGUUCCAGGACUCACGGAAGAUACAGCAUUUCCGCUGGCCGGAAGUUCAGAAGAUCAAUUUCGAAGGAAAGAUGUUUAUCGUGCAUGUGACGAUAAACGAGGACGUGAGGACGAAGAAAAAGCAUCUGGUCGGGUUCAAAUGUCCCACGGCAACGAACUGUCGUCACGUGUGGAGGUGCGCCAUCGAGCAGAUGCUGUUUUUUACCUUGCCGAGGGCGUCGGACGCGCCGGUGGUGAGUGGCGGCUCCAUCUUCUCGUGGGGAUACAAAUUUAAAUACACCGGAAGAACGGAGAGGGAAGUUCUGGAGGAGGCAGGACCACUCCGGAAGGAGGAGCCGCCGAUACAACGCUGCCAGACGACGUGCUUGAGGAGAAAGGCCAGCAGCGUACCGGCGACCCCGAGCACGCCGAGCCAGGAUCUCGUCGAAAUACGCUAUUCCAGCUUACCACGUAGCUGUCACAGCGCGGGCCUGGAUGGCACCGGGAUGCUGGAGGGCGGCGCGGGGGUUCCCCUCAGCUCGCCCUACUGUCCAGACAAUACCUUGCCCCUUCUGGAGACUGUAUCCGAGGACCAAGAAAUUCACGCCAGGAGAAACAACGCCGUAGACGAAAAUGAUACGCAUGCGAGUGCCACCCACACGUCUACUACUACCAUCACCACCACCACUACCACCAUCACCACCUCCAACACCAUCACCACAAACCGUGCGAAAGCCAAACUGAAAUUUCCCAAGAGCACGCUGAACCGACCGCAACCGUUGUACAGUCAGAAAAUAGUGAUAGGCUCGGAGGAGCUGGCGGGCCACGACGUCGAGCACGUCGUGCGGCAGCGCAUUAACGCCCUGAUUAACGAGCGAUGCGACCCGACGGUGGUGCGGUCGACCGCCCUGAUAAUCAAGAGCUCGAAGGCGCCGGCGAGCGCCAACGGACGCAUCCCUCUCAGAAGCGUGCAUUCCGCGCGCGACGCGGGUAAAACGCGGGUAGAGGUAAGCGAGAUCGACGGCGGGGUAGGCCGCGGACCGACGCCGACGAAGACCGCCAACGGUUGCGCGAAUCUGGCCGCGGGGCCGCCGGGACUGUCGAAUGGAUUCGAUCGCUCGGGACGACGGGAGGCAGCAGUCGGUCAGUACGAGGGCGAGGCGAAUGAUUACUACUUCAGGGACUCCUUCGACCACUCCUCGUCGGAGAGCCAGCUGUUGGACGCGUCCGGCAAGCCGCACAGCCGCUCGGUCACGCCGGUGCCGAAGAUGCAGAAGCUGCAGAAUUCCAAGCUCUGCCUCCAGCAGCAGCAUCAUCAUCACCAUCAUCAGCAUCAUCAUCAGGGCGUCCGACGCGCGGCCAGCGGCAAGCUGCACGUGGGGGUCAGGAUCUUUAUGUCGGUGAUCGUGCUGGUGAUCACGGUGGUGUUCAUCGUGAUCGUGCUGGUGUUCGAGACGGACACGACGCUGUUCAACGACCUGCGCAAGAUGCCGGAGAUGGUGGCCUUGAGGAGUCAAUAUUACAUUCCGAUCAAGGAGUUCCUGCGGACCAAGCUCGGCCUAUUCUGAUGCGACAAGAUGACCGAGCCGAGGUCGUCCUACGUCAUCGCGUAGCUCGCUCUCCCUUCAGUGCCAAGUUGCCAGGGACGGGGCUUGUGACUGAGAGAAUUUACGGCCCACAAGUCGCGGAGAAAAGAACAUGCGCCUCCUAUUUCGCUCUCGACCCUACCUCCCUUCUCCCUCUCCCCCUCCGCCCUCCCCCCGUUGCGCGCCGUCGCGUUGCAACUUGGUCGCACGAGCGUGAGUGCUUCGGACCGAGAAGACCGAGUGUUACCGGAAGCAAAAGAAAGGAAGGCCGGAAGGAAGAGGAGAGACGAGAAACAUCGCGUUGAAGGGAUCAGCCGAGGUCGGAGAAUCUCCGCGCGGCUUACGCGCGAGGCACGCGUUUCUAAUUCAAUUCGAUCCGACAGGAAAUCAGAAUUCUAUAUAAAAGAAGAAACUGUACAAAGGUUGUUUUUUAAUCGGGAUGUGAGCAGGAUGUAUGUAUAAAAUUAUGUUUUCAUACGUUUUAUUUUAUUCGUAAUACGUUUAUUUGUUUUACGAUCACGCGUAUUUAUUUUAUCGAGUUUCCUCAAGUUCUCAUUAGCUGACUCGCUGAUGCCAGUCGCUGCUGAUUCGUUUGUUACUUCAAGCAGGAUGUGGAUCUAUAAAAACACAUUUAUCUUGCAGUUGAUUAUUAAGUUCCGCGAAUUAUACAAUAAUUUUCUUUUGAGAGAAUAUAUUGCAAUGUACACCUUGUUUAAUGAAUAACAUUAAUAAUUGAUUUAUUGAAUACACUCGAAUAAUAAAUUUUUAAGAUUUUUAAGAUUUCUGUAUACGGUCGCAACGACUAAAGAAAAAAUCUUUUCGUCAUUUUUAGCGAGCUAUUCAUCUUAAAAUGGCAUUGGCUUGAUCUUAAAAAUUCGUUAUAAUAAAUAUAUUGCAUAAAAUUAUAGGCAUAUCUCGCGUUGACUGUAUUGCAAUAUUUUAUUCAUAUCGUUAUUUGAAAAAAAAAAAAAAAAAAGAUUACAAAUUUUGGCUAUAAGAGCUCGAUUUUAUUCGAUGCAAGUGGGAUACCUUCCGGACUCGCGAACGGACGUUAUGUAUACAUACAUAGUGCGAUGUUGGUUAUCGAAUGGCCUAUCGUGUUACUUUGAAAAGAACGAGGACAGGAGUGCUCUUUCUCUCCGGAUUUUCGCGAAACUUUCCCCGUGUGUGUCCCCCGAAGGACAACUCGAAGAAACGCGCAAAAACACAGCGCUAACAUACGUGCGCCGGUAUAAAUAGACAAAGUAAAGAUAUUUUGACAUUGUGAAGAGACGAAAGAAAGAGCGUACAUACCCAACACUUACACACAUACACACACACAUACACACAGGCGAAUGUGUAAUAUAUUAUAUAUAAUAUAUAUAUAUAUAUACAAAUCACUGACGAGGCGACGCUACUUAUAGAGACUAGAUUAUUUUAAAUCGUCAACGAAAAGCAAUCGUUUCGUAGAUAAUUGUAGGCUAUAUGCGUGCAGCUCUAGUACGGAAAAUAGCGGAGGAUAUUGCGUGGCAGCGUUGAAAAUUGACGAUCCCCGCCGAUCCGCUGUCGAUUCCCUUGCGUUCUUAAUCGGAUGUGCGUGAGCAUAGGUGAGCUUGAUGUGCGUAAUCACUUUGUCUCGUCAUCUUAUUCUGUCGCGAGAGUAUAACAUCCUUCAUCGCAGCGUGCAAAUUCUUGAUAUAACAUCUAAAGGUCUUUUUCCUAUGAAAGUGAGAUUUGUCAGGAUCUGCCUUCGAGUAUCGCGUUUAAAUGAAAUUAUAAGGAAAUUUGGAAAUUAUAAGGAAUUUUGGGAAAAUCCUUUACCUUUUAAUCCUUGCGUCUUACGCGGAUACAAAUAAAUCAAAAAGCAAUGGAACGAAAUUAAAGCAGAUUGUAUAAUUAUACAGCACGUAUGCAUUAAUUUCCAAUUUUAAAGAUAAAAAUUGCUUGUCAAUUUAAUUCGUUACAGUGAAUUCCAGCUUCAUUUAAAGAACUGUGUCUUAAGACCGACAAAAAGUGCGGUGCGCAAUUUAUGUGUGGCUGGAUAUUGUAACAAUAAAAAAAUUAUUAUACGCACCAACAUCGGCUCGCAUUGGCAUUAUUUGAUUAUUUCUGACUUAAAGAUAAAAAAUUGUAUAGAUAAGUUUUAAAAAGAACUUUUAUCUGCAAAAUUGUAAUAAGCGAUUUCCCAAAGUUCUACGUAAUUAUAUGUAUAUAUAGAAAUACAACUUGCAUAUUUAUAUAUGCGAGCAGGUCCUGAUUCGUCUUACACCUUAAACUGAAUGUCCGCUCCAGUGUUUUACUGUCAAAAACGACAAAAUUUUCCUGUCGACAGCAAAAAUUCCCGAAGAAAAUUGUCCGACAACUGUCUUUCUCUCUCUCUCUCUCUCUCUCUCUCUCUCUCUCUCUCUCUCCUCCUCAUAAUUAUAAAAUUGUACAGUUGACAUUGUUCUCGAGAAGAAUGUCUUCUUAACUCUCGAAUGGACACGCAGCCUCACUGUCAGCCAUUUUUCCUAAAAGUGCCUACGCUGUCUUACACCCUUUCGUGUCAUUCGAUUCGCUCGAAAUCCGCCCUAAGCUGAACGAAAAUGGGGUGGCGCGAGGAAAAAGGUGAAACAGAAGCUAAAAGUAAAUUAAUGAAUCUCACGCCGAUCUUCGCGUCGGUGCACGGCGGCGCUCUCCUGUCCGCGAGACCUGUUCGUGUCCCUCGGAGUCGUUGACGCGUGGAUUCGCGGAAAUUCUCGAGAAAGACAGAUUUGUCAGUUCGAAGGUGCUUUCCGGACGUUUGAUGAAAAGGGAAAGUGUCGUCGACCGUAGUACAGACGGCUCUAGGAAAUUAGAGUGGUAACUGUGCGAGACGCGACGUACAUACAGCUGUUAAUAAAUGAGUAACGGAGGUCCGUGAGAUUUCGGGUUUUCCCAGGUGAGCGAUAAACAAAACCUCCUUCCUAGUCUAUUAUUAGCGUUAUCAGGGAAAACGCGCGCGUUUCGGCACGUGGAGCCUCGCUGUACUUCCGCGGCUCACUAAUAAGCCGACGGGGGCCGACGAGUUUAGUUCGAAUCAAAAUUUAAUUCGCUUAAAUUGGAUAAUGUAAGCGAAGAUUUAUCCGUGCAAAGAAGGUCACGUUUCGUUUUUGACGACGAAGCUUUGUUCGUUUUGGAGCAGGAGAGCGCCGCGAGCGACAAGCUAACUGUAUAAAUAAACGGAUGUCAAUUGCAAUAUGUAAUUCUAGUUGUUAAUUAAGGAUACCCGCUCGUUGGGCAAAUCCGUGUAAAAAGGAAGAGGAGGAAAUUUAAAACGGAAAAACACAUGGACGAAGGUUCGGAUUGAAAUGCGGAAAAUUGAUAUGCUACUUUUUAAUCCAAAUCUGGAUGAUCCCGUUCUACGAGCAAUCUUUGAGAGUGAAAUCCGAUGGACAUCAGAUAAGUAAACAAAUAAAAAAUCUCUUGCGAUGCCACGUUCAAUUUGUUGUACUCUCCAAGGGCUACUCUCCUGACAGCAAAAUUCAUACAACUGAAUAACUAAUGAAUUACGUUAUUCAAGAGUUUGUGCUUGACAGAGCUACUUUUCAAUUCCAGACAUUCUCCGAGAAGCGUAAAAUAACGAGACUGGGAUUUCUGCUUGCGAGUCUCGAUCGUUGUAAUAAGAACCGCGCUUCGGAGAGUAAAACUUUCGAGUAGACGCUCGGUCUAAAAAUGCGACAAGUUUGAGGAGCAAGGAUGGACAAUUGUUUGACACAAGGGAUAGAACGGAAUAAAUACUGCGUGAGUUCAAAACUCGUCGGAACGUGGCACAGCAGCUCUGGCGCGAUACACUUUUCAGAACUUUCCUGAUAAAAUUAAGUUUAUUAUAGACGAUAACAGCAGCUGUAUAUAGGAGGAAGGAGGAAGGUUCAACUGUAAUGUUAAAAUUGUUAAACGUUAGCGGAUUAUAUGAUCUUUGCGCAACGACUGAAGGCAGGCAGUAUGCAGGACGAGUCCAAGAGCUGUAGAGAGGUAACAUAUACGUUUUCAAUAAUUUAGACCUAGUUGAUAACGUGAUUAUCGGCGACGAAUUUGGUAUCAGGCUGUUAUAAUUGAUAACAGCAACUUAGCUCUCUUUAAUUUGGGGAAUCGCUCAGCCGAGACCUUAAUUAAUUCCAAAUCGGAAUAGCUAAUAGAUCUUGUAGACGAUCUUUUGCGUUGAAUUGUUUAGUAAUCAUGAAAAUACUCCGAGAUUCUUUUGAGAAUACGUAAUUCUAUUGCAUUGUACGUUAUUUUGAAAAACGUGCGAGAUGUAGUUGCGCGCAGAUAUGAAAAAAAAAUCAAAGUUAUCUCUCUUUAUGAUAUUCGUAUUAUCGAUAAGAUUUUCGUAUCAUCAGUUGACACAUUGUUGCAAGCCGCGUUUCGUCCUUAUUACAAAUUGAUCUUAAUGUAAUGUUUCACGCGUGCGAAACUGCAAACGCGACAGCAAUUCUCUUGACUUAAGAUUGCGUACAUCGCGCGUUUACCAAUCAACUCGUCUCGUUCGUCGCACACGACUGCAAAAAAUCCCAAAUUCGUUUCCUCGUUAAAGAGCCGUAAAAAUUCGUAACACUCUUCUGGCGCGCGCAAAUCGGUGUGAUCGGUAUACUUAAUGCUGAACACGGCUACACGUCAAUUGUUACUGUAAUUACUUCGAUAUCGCUGCCGAAAUAUGCGGAUCUUCUCAUGUAAAUGUACAACAUCUAGCCUACUGCGUUACUUUUUAAAUAGUCGAGGUUAUUGAGGUUCUCGGGAUUAAUUUGUUAGAUUAUUUAUUUGAUAAUUAUAACGGGUAAGAGAGUAAUUUAUUCGCUGUAGCUGCUACCGUAAGUAAAAACUUCACCAAACUGAAUACCUUUGUACGGACGCGACCGCAGGAAUAAUUUAACAGAGGGCUAAAUACAUACGUUGUGUACAAAUGUGACGGUGGAUGAUGGGUGUAAAUGCAAUGUUAGUUAAAAAAAAAAAAGAAAAAAACGGCCGACAUGACGACGAGAAUGGAGCUAUGCGCUAAUCAAAACGAAAUAACGAUGAUAAUCUUUCUACAAUCUCCAUUCGUAUGUACACUUUUUGUACGCUUGCAAAUUGUAGCGAACAGUUGUAUAGUCGUAUGAGGGGUGCGUUUUUUUUUCCUGGUCUGUUAGUCUUUGAAAUUUUGUAUCGCAUGCAUGAAUAAACAGAACAUUUCAUUGCAAA